AUGCUGGGCUGCGCCCGCAAGGGCCUGGUGCUGGUACCGCACAGCCGGUUGAACGCGCUGCGGGCGCUGGCGGCACGGCAGCGCCGGGCCAUGGCGGGCAACACUUCCGCCGCCGCGACCGCCGCCAGCGAUGCGCCCUGCCGCCCCAAGGUGCUCAUCCUGACCGGCCCCACGGCGGUGGGCAAGACCAAGGCCUCGCUGGCGCUGGCGGAGGCGCUGGGCGGCGAGAUCAUCAGCGCCGACUCAGUACAGGUGUACCGCGGCCUGGACAUUGGUUCCGACAAGAUCUCGGCCGCCGAGCGGCGCGGCAUCCCCCACCACCUCCUCGACGUGCUGGACCCGCACCAAGACUUCUCCGCCGGCGACUUCUUCGUGAGGGCGCGGGCGGCGGCAGACGACAUCCUGCAGCGCGGCAAGACGCCCAUCGUGGCCGGCGGCACCGGCUUCUACCUGCGCUGGUUCAUCCUGGGCAAGCCCUCCACGCCGCCCGCCUCGCCCGCCUCCGAGGCUGCCGCCACGCAGCGGCUGGAGCAGGUGCUGAGCUGGGGCGGGGAGGCCUAUGCGGCCACCGAGGCGGCGGCGGGCCGCCCGCUGAGCGUCGGCGAGCGGUGGGAGGCGGGCGCGGCGCUGGUGGCGGCGCUGGGCGACGAGGAAAGCGCGGCGCGGCUGCGGCGCGAGCCCAACAACCAGUACCGCCUGCUGCGCAUCGUAGACAUCCUGCUGCAGAGCGGCGGCAGGCCGCUGGCGGACCAGGACCUGGAUGCGGGCACCCCCACCCACUACGACUGCCGCUGCUUCUUCCUGCACCGCCCGCGGCUGGAGCUGUACCGCCGCAUCGACGGCCGAGUGGAGGAGAUGGUGGCGGCGGGGCUGCUGCAGGAGUGCCAGCUGCUGCUGGAGGCGGGGGUGGCUCCCAGCUCCAACUGCGCCUCCCGCGCCAUCGGCUACCGCCAGGCGCUCGACUUUUUGCGCCGCUGCCACGACGACCCCCAAGCCCACGCCACCGAGGCGGGCGUGAUCCAGCUGGUGAAGGCCAUCCAGACCGCCUCCCGCCAGCUGUGCCACCGCCAGAUGUCUUGGUUCCGGGACGAGGGGAUGUUCAGGUGGGUAGACGCCACAGCGGGGGAGGAAGCGGUGCUGGCGGAGGUUCUGGAGCGCUGGCACCAGCCGCAGCACGAGGGCGGGUGCGGCGACGGCGGGCGGCUGACCAAGGAGCAGGCGGAGGAGAUGAAGCGGUACGUUCCCAAGCUGCGCCUGUACUUCAGCGGUUCGGAUGCCAUGCAGCGCACGCUGGCAGAGCUGCGGCAGCUGCUGCAGCGGCACAAGGAGUGGCAGGCUGCGCAGGCGCAGGCGCAGGCGCAGCAGCAGGAGGAGAGGCAGCAAGAAGGGGAGGCUGGGGCAGCAGGGGGGGAGGGGCAGGCUGCAGAGGCGGUGUCUGCAGUGGCAGCAAAUACAGCGGCCCCACCGCCAUAG